AUGAAACGAGGUGCUCUUAUAGUAAUCGAAGGAGUGGACAGGACAGGAAAAUCGACUCAAGCUAAAGUUUUAGUUGAAAACUUGAAGAAUAAAAAUAUUCCUGCCGAGUACAGAAAUUUUCCGGCCAGAGACACAGAGGUUGGGAAAGUAAUCAACAGCUAUUUACAAUCAAAGAGUGAGCUGCCAGAUGAAGUCAUCCACUUGCUAUUCUCAGCGAAUCGAUGGGAAAGAGCCAAAACGUUAGUAAAAACAUUAGAAGCUGGCAUUACAGUAAUCGUAGACAGAUAUUGUUAUUCUGGUGUAGCCUUCUCAGCUGCAAAAGGUCUGGACAUCAAGUGGUGCAAGGCAUGUGAUGCUGGCCUGCCUAAACCAGACAAGGUGUUCUUUCUCACCAUGCCAUUAGAAAUGAUUAUGCAAAGAGCUGGAUUCGGCAAUGAAAGAUAUGAGGUGUUAAACUUCCAGGAGAAAGUAUCUAAGUUAUAUAUGGAAUUGAAAGAAGACAACUGGGAUGUUUUGGACGCCAACAGAUCAAUAGAAAGUAUUGAAGAGGAUCUGCUGCAAAGAUCUUUGAACGUAAUCAAUCAGUUGGAAGAUAAGGACAUAGGCAAGGUUUGGGUGUAA